CGUGGGGAUAAAAACAAACAAACAGUAGCCUCGAGGUAUUAUUCUUUACAAUGAAAAUGUAGCGUAAAACGCUUGCUUGGGCGAACAAGGUGGUGGAGACGUUCCUCUGCAUUCUUGGGGAUGAAGACGUGCAGAGGGAGCUUGAUGGAGCAGUGAGGAACGAGAAGGUCUUCCAGCUGAUUGCUGGUCGAAUGGCGAUUGCGGGUUACGAGAAGAACACUGAGCAGUGUCGGCAGAAAUGCAAAAAGCUCCGGGCCGAGUAUCGGAAGUUGAAAGACCACAACAACCGCAGUGGCGUCGCCACCUCUCUGCUCGAGGUCAUGUUGGAGCCUACCGGUGAGGAACCUCGCUACCAGGAAGUGCCUGACUCGGCCUUCCCAGAGGACGAAGACAUGGGGUCAAGCCGUUGUAUGAGCCCAACGCCACCAUCAAGGACAUCUACACCAGUCCCAGUGGAGACUGAUGCUCUUUGCAACACCACCAACCCCACCUAUCCACGGCCUUUUGCCUUUGCCAAAGUAGGGCCAGUGAUGUUGCAGCGAGCAUCAGGGAUAUGCAGGCAUCUGAUGAGAGGCGGCAGGAGCGGGAAGAGGAGCGGCAGGAGCGGGAAGAGGAGCGGCUGGGCCGUAGACACCGGGUCGCCCGAGAGGAGGCCCUACAGGAUGCCAUCGAUGCUCGACUGCAUGAGGAUCAACGAGCAAUGCAGCAGAUGGCGCAAGUUGCAGCGUUCAACACAGCCUUCCUCCAAACCUUCAGCCAGAUGGUGCAGGCGUUUGGACACCGCGACCCUGUGCCGUGAUCCAGCCAUUCAGGCCCUGACCCUCUGAACCUUUUUUUUUUGUGAAGACUUUUUUUAUGUUUUAAUGUGUAACUUUAUAUUCCUGUAUUUUUACUGUUGAAUAAAAAAUAUAUACUAAAGCAGGAGUUGGUUUCUACACAUUUUCCAUAUACACAUUUGAUGGUCACCUUGAAAUUGAGUUUACACACCCACAGUUCACCCGCACCCAUGGCUCACAUUUCACACAUGGGGAAACACCAUUGCUUAACUUUUCAAUUAAAAUAGGGGAAACCAGUAAGAUGCCUGGCGUAUUAUAUAGGACAAUUAUUGGUUCUGCGCUGUAAAAUCGAUACUUAAUUUGAAGUUAAAGUUAAUAUUUAGUUUGAACAUCAAAACACCAUAUUGCAGUGUUAUUUUUAAUGCAGUGGCACUUGUCAAACAAAGCUUUCAUUCGGAAGUUGAUUAACUGAAAAGCAUAAAGGCCAGGAACUGUUGCUUGGCGACUUCUAUGGUAGCUCUUGGUUUAAUGUGUCGCGUUCAACUUUUCCAUUGUUUUUAUUGAGCAGGCUAGACCGUGUCGUCCUGCUAUGAUGUCACGAUGUUUACGUAGCUGCCGCGGCGAUCGACAUCCGGCCUACCAUAAAGGGUACUGUCGGCGGUGGAAACGCGACCUCGGAACUGAGCUGGGCUAUACCGCCCCCUUCCUACCGGACUGAGGCGAACCGAACCGCGCGGCAAAUACUGACUUUGAUAAAGGAAGAGAAGAACCACCUUUCUUCUCUGUGUGAAAAAGCCAAAAGCAGUCCUUUAUCCCGCAUAUGGUCAUUUUAUGAUUCAACCUGAGCCCAGAGAGGAGGGGCUAUUAACAGAUUCUCUGCAUUCAGUGCUGUUUUCGAGGGAGCAAAAAUGAAUCAAUGUUUUAACGUAGCUCAAUUACAAUUAAUGCUUAAUGUUGAUGGUGGUGGAGAGGUCCAGCAGCUGUACGAUGCCCAUUUGUGACUUUAAGUAUGAGAAAUAUUUCUUUAAAACAAACUGUCAAUCUCCUGUCCAUCUCUCUGUCUG